UUUAACUACGUACUUUACUUGCCUUAACCAGACGCCAUUCGCAGCCAAAUCCACCUAUCUCUCCUCUUUCUUCAUUUCCACUCUUUGUAAUGGAAGCCCAAUUGUUAAAACUCCCUUCUCCUUCCUUAACAAGUACCAAUUCUUCAAAACACAGUACCCUUUUACCCCGUCAAAAAUGGUCAAAUUUUUGUAAGUUUCAAUUACCCAAUUCAACUAGUACCAUUACUAUUCGUCCCCUUCAAGCUUCUGCUACUUCUCUUGGACUUGGGCCAAAGAAGAGAAUAGAUGAGACGGAGAGUUACACUCUUGAUGGUAUAAGGAACUCUUUAAUUCGACAAGAAGAUAGCAUAAUAUUCAGCCUUGUGGAGAGAGCUCAGUACUGUUACAAUGCGGAGACAUAUGAUCCUGAUGUUUUUUUGAUGGAUGGGUUUCAUGGCUCUUUGGUUGAAUAUAUUGUCAAAGAAACUGAAAAGCUUCAUGCUAAGGUUGGAAGAUAUAAAAGCCCUGAUGAGCACCCAUUCUUCCCAAAAGAAUUACCCGAGCCAAUGUUGCCACCCAUGCAGUUCCCAAAGGUUCUGCAUUCAGUUGCUGAUUCAAUAAAUAUCAAUGUCAAAAUAUGGGAAAUGUAUUUCAAGAAUCUCCUCCCAAGAUUAGUAAAGGAAGGCGACGAUGGUAAUUUUGGAUCUACAGCAGUUUGUGACACUAUUUGCUUGCAGGCCCUGUCGAAGAGAAUUCAUUAUGGGAAAUUUGUCGCUGAAGCAAAAUUUCGAGCCUCACCAGAUGUCUAUAAGGCUGCCAUAAGAGCACAAGACAGAAACGGACUGAUGGAUUUGUUAACCUACCCUACUGUUGAAGAGGCUAUCACGAGGAGGGUAGAAAUGAAAACCAGAACUUACGGACAAGAAUUUAACAUCAAUGGACCGGAAAAUGGAGGUGACCCAGUGUACAAAAUAAAACCAAGCCUAGUUGCUGAAUUGUACGGCGACUGGAUCAUGCCAUUGACAAAGGAAGUUCAAGUUGAGUAUCUCCUGAGAAGACUGGAUUAGAAAGAAAAAGAAAACAUCUGAUGGAAGUCAUGUAACUUAUACUAGUAUUGAAUUAUAUGCACAAAUAUUAUAUUGUUCCACCAGAGAUGGACAUCUGUCGAUGCAGAUGCCGAUAAAUAUGUGGUGGUUUUCGGAUUUGGGACUCGGUUUCUUACAGUGAUUUCUUGCAUUGUAAAUGAACAUUGAUCUGGGAAAGACUACACUGUGAUUCUUUGCCUAAGAAUAUGUCGAUAACUUGUUGUAAUUUAUGAUUUAUAGUCCUUGAAAACGUAGAAGAGAGAUGUAAUUUUGCGAUAUGAACGUUAUAAGCUGGUCUUUUCCAAUGAA